GGCGACAGCCCCCCCCACUGGGCCUGGCGGGAGGGGCGCUCCGGCGUGGUGGACAUGCUGGUCAUGCGAGGAGCGCGCAUCAACGUCAUGAACCGGGGAGACGACACCCCCCUGCACCUGGCCGCCAGCCACGGGCACCGCGACAUUGUCCAGAAGCUGAUCCAGUUCAAGGCAGACAUCAAUGCCGCGAACGAGCAUGGCAACACCCCCCUGCAUUACGCCUGUUUCUGGGCCCAAGAGCAGGUGGCCGAGGACCUGGUCGCCAGCGGGGCGCUGGUCAGCAUCUGCAACAAAUACGGAGAGACUCCCUUGGACAAGGCAAAGGAGCCCCUGCGGGACGCACUGAGAGAGCGUGCGGAGAAGUCAGGCCAAAGCCUGACCCGCGUCCCCUACAAAGACACUUUUUGGAAAGGCACCACGCGGACUCGACCACGCAACGGGACGCUGAACAAGCUGGCUGGGAUUGACUUCCGGCAGCUGAGCUUGGGCCACAAACUCAACGAGAACCAGUCCGGAGAGCUCUGGAAGGGGCGCUGGCAAGGGAACGACAUUGUCAUAAAAGUUCUCAAAAUUCGCGACUGGACGACCCGGAAGAGCCGAGAUUUCAACGAGGAGUACCCCAAGCUCAGGAUUUUCUCCCACCCCAACGUGCUGCCAGUCCUGGGCGCCUGCCAGUCACCCCCUGCCCCGCACCCCAUCAUCAUCACUCACUGGAUGCCCUACGGCUCCCUUUACAACGUGCUUCAUGAAGGCACCAACUUUGUGGUGGACCAAACUCAGGCGGUGAAAUUUGCCCUGGACGUGUCCCGGGGAAUGGCCUUCCUGCACACCUUGGAGCCGCUCCUCCCACGCCACUAUCUGAACAGCCGCGGCAUCAUGAUAGAUGAGGACAUGACGGCCAGGAUUGGCAUGGCAGACGUGAAGUUUUCCUUCCAGUGCCCAGGCAGGAUGUAUGCCCCAGCCUGGGUGGCACCGGAAGCUCUCCAGAAGAAGGCCGAGGAGAUUAACCGGCGCUCGGCAGACAUGUGGAGUUUUGCAGUGCUGCUGUGGGAGCUGGUGACCCGGGAAGUGCCAUUCGCUGACCUCUCGAACAUGGAGAUUGGCAUGAAGGUUGCCCUAGAGGGGCUGCGGCCCACCAUCCCCCCCGGCAUCUCCCCUCACAUUUGCAAGCUGAUGAAGAUUUGCAUGAACGAGGACCCUGCCAAGCGCCCCAAAUUUGACAUGAUUGUCCCUAUUCUUGAAAAGAUGCAGGAGAAAUAAGGAGCCUGUCUGGCAGCCGCUGGCCGGCCCCAAGUGCCUUCCAGAAGAGCCAUGGCCAGAAGCCACAGCUCCGAGCGCGGUACGGACGGAGCCACCCCUCUGUGGGCAAGCUCCAGCAGGGAGCCCCUCCGGCCUUGCACUUUCCCUUCUGCCUCCACACGCCAUACCUAAUUACCACCUCCUGUGCCACGACCACCCUGCACUCCUCCCUGGCUGCGCUACACAGUUUUUAUCUUUUGUACACAGGCCCGGGGCAAAGCCACCCGUGGCCAAAUAAAGAGCUGUCACUGAAGGACCA